AUGGCCCCCUCCGCUGUCGAGACUGCUGCCCCGGUGGUACCGGAGAUCAAGGAGAAGGUCCUGCCCGGCAAGGCCCAGACGAUCAACCCCAUCGCCAACCAGCCAUGGGAGGAAGUCCCUGAGCUCUACACAAACCACCGCGAGCCCCUGAAGCUCAGCGGCGCCCUCGACCACCUUGAAUACUUCGAUGUCACUCCCGUCAUCGGUCGUGAGUACGUCAACGUCGACCUGGUCGAGCUCCUCCGGGCACCCAACUCGGACGACCUCCUCCGCGACCUCGCCAUUACAAUCUCCCAACGUGGCGUAGUCUUUUUCCGCAAGCAAGACAACCUGACCGAUGACCUGCAAAAGGAGCUGGUUGACCGGUUGGGCAAGUUGACAGGCAAGCCAGCCACAUCCGGCCUUCACAUCCACCCGGUCAGCAAUUCCCAGCGCGAACACGGUACCAAGGACGAUGAGAUCAGCGUCAUCUCGUCGGAGCAGGCCAAGAAGCUGUUCUCGGACCGCUGGAACGGCACCAAGCGCCACCAGAGCAGCAAGCAGCAGUGGCACUCGGAUAUCACCUUCGAGCCGAUCCCGAGUGAUUAUGCCCUGCUCAGGCUGACACAGCUUCCCAAAACCGGAGGAGACACUCUCUGGGCCUCUGGCUACGAACUCUAUGACCGCAUCUCCCCGACCCUCCGCUCCUUCCUCGACACUCUCGUCGCACACUACGCCCAGCCAGGCUUCAACGAAGCGGCGAAGCGCAACAACUUCCAACUCUAUACCGCCCCGCGCGGCGCGCCCGAAAAUGUCGGCGAGGCCCUCGAGGCCAUUCACCCCGUGAUCCGCACCAAUCCAGUCACCGGUUGGAAGUCGGUCUUCGCCGUCGGUCACCACGUACAGCGGAUCUAUGGUCUGUCCGAGGACGAGAGCAAGCACUUCCUGAACUGGUUUGUGCAGCUGAUCGUAGAGAACCAUGAUCUGCAGGUCAGGUAUAAGUGGAAGAACGUAAACGAUGUGGCGAUUUGGGAUAAUCGGAGUGUGUACCAUGCCGCGACGCCGGACUAUAUUGGUGAGGAUUUGGGGGAGAGGAGGGGUAGCCGCGCUGUGAGCUUGGGUGAAAAGCCGUACUUUGAUCCGGCAAGCACGAGCAGGAGGGAGGCACUGAAGGCGCAGAAGGCUGCUUAA